UAAAAUAUUAUAAAACCCCCAAAUGGCCUGAGCCGAUCACCCCAUCAUUUUCCUUUGCCAUGGUGGGAAGAAACGAAGCACGGCCUCUGGCACCCGCCGCCAACACUCGAAGCAGCGACGACGGAGAAGCCGCUUCGCAGUUCAAAAAGGUCAAACGCAAGAAAUUCAUCAAAUGCUGCAGCUGCAUCGCUGCUCUAAUCAUCAUCCUAGCCGUGGUCAUCACAGUCUUGAUCUUCACGGUGUUCCGAGUCAAGGAUCCGAUCAUCAAAUUGAACGGCGUUUCAAUUACAAACCUGGAGCUAAUCAAUGGUACGAGCACAGUUCCGAUUCCUAGACCAGGGUCCAACAUAUCCUUAAUGGCCGAUGUUUCGGUCAAAAAUCCCAACAUAGCGUCGUUCAAGUACAGGAACACCACCACGACUCUUUACUACUAUGGCACCGUUGUCGGGGACGCCCGAGGCCCCGGGGGAAGCGCAAAGGCCCGACGCACGAUGCAGAUGAAUAUUAGUGUCGAUAUCGUGACGGAUCGGUUGUUGGCCAGUCCGAAUCUGGUUGCGGAUGUUGGUUCGAGGACGUUGACCAUGAGUAGCUACUCGAGAAUUAGAGGAAGGAUCAAUAUGCUGAGCAUUGUAAAGACGCAUGUUACGGUGAAGAUGAAUUGCACCUUUACAGUUAACAUCACCAGUCAAGCAAUUCACGGGCAGAAGUGCAAGCGAAAGGUUGAUCUCUAGGUUCAAGCUGUUUUUGCCAUGUAGUAUACAUACAUACAUAUAUAGAUAUGAUGUGCAUAGAUAAUAAUGAUGGAUAG